GCUUUUUCACACGAGACACUUUGUGGCCGACCACAAGAAUCGUGCUACUGUUUACAAAAGUGUCUCAUUGAUUCACACGAGACACUUGCCGUACACUAGUGUCUGUUAAUUAUGUAUUGUACGUGCAUAUUAAUCGUACUCCCGACUAGUCGUAAUCAUGAAGGUGGAGGAGGCAAUACUGUUGUAUUCUCUUAUUAAAAAAAAAAAUAAACCAGCUAAAAGGACUGAAAGGAUUUAUUGGGUACAUCCUAUUGUUCAAUCCAGAAAUGAAAAAGGACAUUUUACAUGCUUGUUUACUGAUUUACUUAAAAGUGAACAAAAAUUUUUCAAUUAUUUUCGCAUGUCCUCCAAGUCCUUUUUUGAAUUGCAUGAUUUAAUUAAAAGGAGUGUUAAAAAGGAAACAACAAAUAUGAGAAGGCCAAUUUCUACGAAAGAAAGAUUAGCUGUCACAUUGAGAUAUCUUGCCACCGGAUGUACACUUACUGAAUUACACUACAAUUAUAGAAUUGGAAUUUCAACUUUAAGUGGAAUAAUUCAGGAAGCGUGUGAAGCAAUUUGGAAUAAUCUCAAAGACAUAUAUAUGGCUGAACCAACCAAUGACAAAUGGUUAGACAUUUCUGAACACUUUAUGAAUGUGACUAAUUUUCCGAAUUGUCUUGGCGCAAUUGACGGGAAACACAUCCGAAUUGUUAAACCAGCUCAUAGUGGAUCCCAAUACUACAACUAUAAGCAUUUUUUUUCAAUGGUAUUAUUAGCUGUCUGUGAUUCCAAUUAUUGCUUUACAGCAGUUGAUAUCGGUGAUUAUGGAAAAAACAGUGAUUCUUCCAUAUUUAAAAAUUCCAAUUUUUUUAAAAAGCUGAUAAAAAAUGAAUUGAAUAUACCAGAUAAUUCUAUACUACCAGGUACUAGUGGACCAAAGCUGCCAUAUGUCAUUGUUGGGGAUGAGGCUUUUGGAUUAUCUCAACAUAUUAUGCGCCCAUAUGCAGGGAAAAAUUUAACAAUAAAGAAAAGGGUAUUUAAUUACCGCUUGUCUCGGGCACGUCGCUUAAUUGAAUGUUCGUUUGGAAUUCUCUCCAACAAAUGGAGAAUAUUUCACAGGCCUUUAAACGUAUCAGAAGACUUUGCUGAAGACAUAAUUAAAGCUUGCGUGAUACUUCAUAAUUUUGUUCGUAUACGAGAUGAAAAUACAUUAACAUUCGAAGAUACAUUAUCAUACCAAGGAUUCACAAGUAUGAAUGAAAUAUUAGAUAACACAGCUGGAAAAACACCAACUAGUAUUCGUGACCAUUUUGCUGAUUAUUUUAUGGAUGUAGGACAAGUACCAUGGCAAUUAGAUAGUAUUUAAAAAUAAUUCAUAUAUAUAGUUUCAAUUGAAAUUAACUAUGACGUACUUUAAUUUUAUGUAUGUAGUUUCUGUAAUACUUAAAUACUAAUAAUAAUAAAUAAUACCUAAUAAUAUACUAUGAUGAA